AUGUCGCCUUUGCAUGGGCGUGAGGCGCUGCUCGGUCUGCUGGCCUUCAUGGCGGCUACUGCUGGGCCUUCCUUUGUGCGCUUGGCUUUGCAACGACCCGGGAGGCUCUUCUGCCCGCGUGUGUGCGGGCUUAGACUGGGCAGGGGGGCCCAAGGCGGGAGCAAAGCCUCCGCUGUUCUGGCGAACUGGCUCGGUGACGAGGCUGCGCUGCAAGCCUGGACGGAGCAUCGGCGCGAGGAGAUCAUCCCAGAGCUAGCCUCCUGGAGCCUCGCUCGCGUGCGCGACUUUGUGCCUCAGAAAGUGGCGGAGGAAGCUCUCAGACUGGCCGAGGCCUUGAACGAGGAGGAGUGGAGGCAGACUGCACCCAUGGAGAUGGACGAUGCAGUGCAUCGUUUCGGGUACCGUGCUCUAAAUGAGACGGGGGAUGCCUUCAAUGCCCUGCAGACAGCCUUGGGGGGUCUGAUUCCAGCGAUCCGCUCUGCUCCGACAAGGGCGGAGUUUCGAUUCGGCCGCUACGGUCCUUCGGACUUCAUCGACACGCACACGGACGAGGCUACCUAUGCAGCAUUCGCGGACGAUCCUUCUGUGUAUUCUCGUCGAAUUGCACUAAUAUGGUACCUGACGAAGAACUGGACGCGCGCUGACGGGGGUGUCUUCAUCGACGACGAACCUGACUGUGUGGGGGGAGGUGUAGAAGUUGUGCCAAGGUUCAACGAAGCGGUCUGUUUCCUCGUCCCACGCAGCCAUCGCGUCAGCCCAGUCGUGGCCACUGAUCGGUUCCGAUACUCGCUGUAUGGCUGGUGGUACACCCGAGGAAAGUACAGACCGCCCUGGCAAAGAGCUUCAGUGCGUUCCGGCAGCCAAGCUAAUGCAGGAACCUGA